AUGUUAUUGAGGAAUAUUGACGAAUUCAGUGAUUUUUGUAAUGGUACAAGGCUACGAGUUAGAAAGCUUGAAAAUCAUGUCAUAGAAUGUGAAGUCUUAACAGGUAACAAUGUUGGUCAUAUUGCUUUGAUUCCAAGAAUGAAUAUGGUACCAACAAAUAAAACCGUCCUAGCGAGAUUCCAACGAAGACAGUUUCGCAUAAUAGUAUCAUUUGCCAUGACAAUUAAUAAGUCUCAGGGACAAAUUUUAUCUCAUGUUGGAUUGUACUUACCCAAACCAGUUUUUACACAUGACCAACUAUUUAUGGCACUUUCAAGAGUUAAGAGUAAGAGAGGUUUAAAAACUUUACUUAUGAAUCACAUAAAAAUGUCUGCAAAUUCAACCAUCAAUGUUGUUUAUAGAAAAGUUUUUGAAAAAAUAUGA